ACAUUUGUAGUGUGUGUAAUGUUGUUUCUAAACAUCAAAAGUUCUGAAGAGGUGAAGAUAACCCUUAUUGAAAGUGCUGUAGCCAAAGGAGCAGUUUGUUUGGAUGGAAGCCCACCUGCAUACCAGUUUGAUAAAGGAUUUGGAGAUGGCGUCAACAAUUGGUUGGUUCAUAUGCCGGGAGGAGGAUGGUGUCAUACGAUAGAAGAUUGUGUUAAAAGAAAAACGUUAAUCUACGGAUUAGGAUCAUCCAAGUUAAUGCCAGAACUGAACUUCACAGGGCUAAUGAGCAAUCAACAAGAUCAGAAUCCUAACCUCUACAACUGGAAUCGGGUGUAUAUGAGGUAUUGUGACGGGGCAUCAUUUACAGGAGAUGUGGAAGAAGUUGAUCAUGACAAUAACCUAUACUUUAGAGGUGCAAGAGUGUUUGAUGCUAUUGUUGAGGAGCUCAUGAGCAUUGGAAUGAAGGAUGCACAAAAUGUUCUUCUCUCUGGGUGUUCCGCUGGUGGUUUGGCUUCGAUCCUGAAUUGUGACAAGUUUCGCGGAUUCUUCCCACAAAAUACUAGAGUAAAAUGUGUUUCCGAUGCCGGUUAUUUUCCUCAUGUGAAAGACCUCUCGGGAGAGUAUCGCUUUGAACAAUACUUCGACAAAAUAGUCACAUUACAUGGAUCAGCAAAAGCUUUACCUUCCGAGUGUACUUCAAAUAUGAACCCGGGAUUAUGUUUCUACCCUGACUUCGCUAUGCCUUAUAUCAACACGCCUAUCUUCAUAGUAAACUCAGCUUAUGAUACAUGGCAGGUCAGUUCUAUAUUAAUAUUUCGUGAUAUUCGAUCAUAA